AAGAAGGUUGCUGGAAUCUUGCAAGUUGCAAGCUCUUCGUUUCUUCCGAAAGUUUCAACUUCCAAACCCGGGCCCAAGCAAAGCAAGGGCCAAGCUAAAGUGCACAUCUAUCAAAGCACAACCAACAUUUUUCCUUUGACCCCUUUGAAAGCUUGCAAGAAGUAGCAAGAGACCUCAGCAUUUGCAGCUGGCCGUAAGCGGACUCGCUUCCAUUAAAUUGUACUUUUUGAACGACCCAAUCGAAAUGGAGUUCAGAGCAUCAUAUCAUGGCUUCGUGGACAGCUUCGAAUGGCAUUUUGGAGAGACGGGCGGUUCAUCUCUGCCUUUCUUAGCGACCUCCAUCGUAGGCUACUUGACUGUCAUAUUCACUCUGCAACUUCUGCUGAGACAGCGGAAAACUGCGGUGCCAUUGGGGAACCUUCCAGCAAUCCACAAUCUCAUUCUGUGCUUAGGCUCGCUGAUUAUGUUCCUAGGAGCUUUAGAAGCAACCAUUAGUAGUCAACUCCUGUGGCUAAGGCAGGGGAGCAGCAAGAGUACUUAUUUAACAGCAGAGACGGGCUACCGUUGGUUACUUUGUUUCCCUGAGGACACGUUACCACGAGGGAGGAUAUUUUUCUGGUCGUACAUAUAUUACUUGAGCAAAUUUUAUGAGCUCCUUGACACCGUCAUCCUCGUCCUGAAGAAGAAGCCGCUGAGCUUUCUCCACGUCUACCACCAUUCCUUGGUCGUCGUCAUGUGCUGGCUUUGGUUGCAGUACUCGCAGUCCCUCCAGACCAUUGGUCUGCUGACGAAUACAGGCAUCCAUGUCAUCAUGUACUGGUACUACUUCAUGCACUCAAUUGGCCACCCUCCUCCCUGGCGGAAAUUUGUCACCAAUGGUCAAAUUGUACAGUUCCUGUUUAGCUUCACGGUGUCCAUCCCCUUCGUUUACCUUCACGUAAAAGAAAGUUGCGCUGGCUUCUAUGCCUGGCUCUACAAUGCUUCAUUCAACUUUACGUUGUUGCUAUUAUUCUUCAAUUUCCACAGAAGGCAAUACAGCAGCAGGACCAAAGUUGCUAAAAACGCGGAUUAAGCCCUGUAACUUGUUCUUUUGUGGAUCUUGUACUGAUCAACGAACAGAAGACGGUUUCGCAAAGCUUGACACAGUCUGUAACUUAUUGGUGAGGAGGCAGGCAACAUCUGAUUCUUCAUAGCUUCCGAGGACUUGCCCAGAUAUGGUAGACGCUUUGCACGUUGAAGUGGUUCGCAAUUUGAAAAGCAGUCUGAUUGUCUUACUCAAACGUCCCAAGAACGGAGAGGGCGGAAUUGCCAGCAUGCAUAUAUAUGGUUAUACUAUCAAGGCCGUUUCUAUCAAUCAACUUCUGUCACUGCGGC